UGCUACGUACUGUUUAUUAAUAACAUUCAAGAGUCAACAGCUAUUCUUUUGUAUCUUAAAACUCGCAUUACUAAUUAUUGGAGUUUAAGGAAAUUGUUUUUGGCAUACCUAUGUGCAUUAGAUCUAAUACAUCAGCACUCGAACGUAGUGAUACAUUUAAUAACCUAGGAGAUCCAGAGUUGAAAUCCCUUCGAAAUGGUGGCCGAAUUCCAAGCAAUUGUUUUGGCUGCUGGCCGCAGUUCUCCUCUGGAGCAACUAAUCCAAACACCGAAGCCUCUUCUCCAGCUUGGAAACUUCCCCUUAAUUUAUUUUCCUUUACAGUGGCUGAAGAAGAACGGAUUCGAGCAAGUCACUGUUGUGGUUUCGCGAUCCACCAAAGAAGACAUCUUUCUCGCACUUGCGCCUCAUUUUGAAAAUGACCUGGAAAUUGAUUUCUUCCCCAUCGACGAUGAGUACGAUUACGGAACGGCGGAGAGCUUGCGACUUCUCCACAAAAGCAAAAAGCUUUCGACCGAUUUACUCGUUGUUACUUGUGAUUUGAUAUCCGACCUCGUACUUCAAGACGUGGCCAAUGUCUUCCGUAUGCAUAAUGCAUCGUUGACAGCAGUUUAUCCGCGUGCCGCUGCGGUGGAAACAGUGGUGCCCGGCGCGAAAUCCAAGAAACAGCAUGAUCGCGAAAUUAUUGGACUGGAACCUUCGACUAACCGGUUGGUGUGUACCGCAUCCGAAGCUGAUUUCGAAGAGAGCUUUGCCAUUUAUCGCCGUUUAUUAAACAGAUAUUCCCGACUCCGUAUCCGUACUGCACUCCAAGAUUCUCACAUUUAUCUGCUCAAACGUUGGGUGUUGGAUCUUUUGACAACAAACGAGAAGAUUAAAUCCCUGCAGUCGGAGUUAAUUCCCUUUUUAAUAAAGAAUCAGCAUCGUACAAAACCUUUAAACGGAUUGACUGGCGAGCCAGAGCAAUCUUCGGUGCAGAGCCAACUAAAUCGUAUCGCUGCGGAAAAAGAUUUGGAAUUGUUAGCCCGGGAUAUGUCAGUAUGGUCUGAUCAUGGCGGAGAUAUGAAGGAUUCGUAUUUUGGCAACAGUGUGCGAUGUUAUGCGUUUCUUGCCGAUACCGAUUUAUGCUUCCGUGUUAACACGGUGACGGCAUUUUGUGAAGCCAGCAGACUGCUACCACGUAUUAUACAAGCGCUUCUUCCGGUACCAGCCUCGUUCAGAUACGUCCACCCUAACGCCACAUUAAUUGGAAAAGCACAAGUUGGCGCGGACAGUAUUGUUGGCGAGCGCACGGUCAUCCAGGACAAGGUGUCGAUUAAAAAAUCCGUUAUCGGACCGAACUGUAAAAUAUCGGAAAAGGCCAAAAUUAGUGGGUGUACCAUUAUGAACGACGUUUUCAUCGGAGAAAGUUGUAAUCUUCAGAACUGCAUAAUCGCCAGUCAGGCGCAAAUCGGAGACAAAUCCGACUUGAAAGAUUGCUUGGUCGGACAACAGUUCGAAGUUCCGGUCUCUUCCAAGCACUUCAGUGAUACGCUAACCGAUGGGGAAAGGCUGAUGGAGUACUAAUGUUCUUGUUCGGUCUCUGUUGUAAUGUGCGUUUUUCUAGACUUAUUUUUAUUGUGGAUUUGUAGUCGGUUUUCGUAUAAAUAAGCCUUGAGCAUCGUGAGCAGAUCAGCAUUGCCAGAAGAGUUAACGUCCCUACGAUCUAACUGGCUGCACUGAUAAAGAAACAAGUAAAAGGAUAGUCACAAUCACA